AUGCACGUCGUGAGCGCCGUCUUAGACGCGCGAUCGAGUAUGGGGUUGCCAAAUCGGGCUCAAGUUGCCCAAAGUUUCCUGAACCCUUACAUCUACGACCCUUCUUACCCCCUGGCUAUAACAGGCGCAAUUGUCGUCCUGUUACUUUCCACAUAUUCCAUUUACCAGUAUGUCCGCCACAAGGCGUACUUCUUCUGGGCAGCCAUCAUCGCCAUUAUCAUGCUUGAUCUGGGCUUCAUAUGCCGCCUGGUAUCUGCCUACGACGAGCACCGAGAGUCGCCCUUCCUCGCCUCAUGGCUCAUGAUCUUACUCGCACCCAGCUUCCUGGCUGCAGCAUGCUACACGGCAUUCAGUCGCGUAGUAUGGUUUUCCUGCCCAACCCACGCGCUCAACUUCAAGACGCUGUGGUGCUUCCCUAGGUGGAUUACCGCCAACUUUGUGUGUUUCGACCUCCUCAGUUUCCUCGUCCAACUCGUCGGCGCGAGUCAGAUUAGUCGGCAGUACGAUGAAGACAAGCAAGGAAACCGGACUAUUGCUGCUUCUGAACGGAAAGCGCUGCCUGGUCGCAUCAUCCUCAUCAUGGGUCUGGUGAUGCAACUGCUCUGUUUCCUCAGCUUCUCCAUCAUCAGCAUGCGGUACUUCUACAUCAGCCGGCAUUGGGCUGCACAUGACCUUGGGGAUUUGCACCUUUGGCGGAAACUGGGGUAUACCAUCAAUCUCUCCUCGGUCCUUAUCGCCUGCCGGGCAUUCUAUCGAACCAUCGAGAUACCACACGAUCGCAACUACGGGCUAGCAUAUCUCCAGAGUCACGAAUGGUGCUUCUGGGUCUUCGAUGCCGCGCCCAUACUUGCUGUGCUAGUCGUGUUCGCUGUGUGGCAUCCGGGUCGAUAUCUGCCGAGAAGCUACACAGGGUGCAGACUGGACAAGGGCAGGGCUGUCAAAGAGAAGGAUGAGAUCAGUUCGAUGAACGGUGGUAGUAGUGGACGGGAGACCGAGCUGAGAGAUUUCAAGCCCGAGGACUUCCAGUCUGGAAGGGUCGCGACGAACGUGUAA